AUGGAGAUUCCUUGCAAACAUUUGGUACUGGUGGGCUUCACCUGCGCGACGCUUUCGAGCGUGUUCGUUUUCUGGCAGCAAGGUUGGAAGUGCAACCCAGCUGUGGCUCUGUCGGCUGUCCCUUCCACAGCACUUCUCCAAGAGCCCGAAAAUUGGACUGGUUCCAGGUACGGCGUUGGCACCGAAAACCGGACCAACGCCAGACAUGGCAAGGGAAAGGGGGCAAGAAAAGCCCACCACCAGCAAGAAAACGAGCACGACGACCUGGAUGAUCAUCAGACUCCUCACAUUGAGCCGCAAGCCGUGGUCCCGGUGGAGCCCCUGCCUGCCACCUUAGCUGCGGCCCCGGGGGCCCCGGGAGCUGCAGCAAUGCCCACAGCGCUGCGGACCGCACCACUGGCUUCUCAGCUUCCGACGCCGCCGCCAAAGGAGUUCGCCAUCGUCCCAGGCGAGUGUGCGAUGCGGCAGCGCCUGAAGCAGCAGAGGCAUUUCGAUCAAGUCCACAAGACCAACGCAUGGGGUAGUGACCAGCGGGUGACCACUAGCGGCACAGGAAGUGAUCAAAGGGGUGCCUUUGACUGGGUCUAUCACGUCAACUUGUUCAUCUUGCAGUACAACAUCAAGACAGUUGCCGACCUCCCUAGUGGAGAUGUUGCUUGGCAAUUCUCUGUUCCGGGCAUCAACAAGGCCAAGGCCUACUUCGGUGGGGACAUCAGCGUUUCCGUGGCGCAACGGAAUGCCAAACAGUAUGCAUCACACCUGAACAAGAUGUUCCGCCACUGGGACUUGAUCGAGUGUGGGGUGCCCCAGUGCUGUCAAGACGGAAACUGUGCUCCCUUUGACUUGGUGAUCACACGAGACGCUCUUCAGCACAUGACCAUCUUCGACUCAUUGAAAGCGGUGCGGAAUAUCGUGAACUCCGGGGCGAAAUACUUUGCUGUAUCCAGCUAUCCCCCCCACAGCGUGGACGCACGGGCGCCCCACCCGCAAGUCUACGCCCGUGGCGCAGCAGGCUCUGCCAGAUACGUCGGGCAUAGCUCUGAGGAAGAUUACAUCCAGAGGUGCCAAACCAGCGACGAGCUCAAGCGCAAGUUCUGCAGGUCGGGGCAGCGGACGGAAGAGGCGGGUUGGUUUUUCACCAACGUCAUGCGAUGCUUCCCCUUUAACUUUCCAGCACCGGUCCUGGACAAAGCAAGUCAUGAGACCUUCAAGAUUGAGGCAGACCACCUACAGAUCUUUCAAAUCAGCGACCUAAAGUCGGUCGUCCAACGCUACGACGAGUUCCUUGAGUUUUGUAAGCAGGCGUGA